CUGCUCAGCUCGGCAGGGCUUCCCAUUCUGGCCGAGCCUCCGUUACUUGCGCUUCCGUGUUGUGAGGCGAUUGUCGCUCAGUUAUUGCCCUGUGUCCUUGUACUUUUUACUCUCCCCUCGUAGCUUUGCUCUGUCGCCUAGUUCUCCGUGAGCUCUUCACCUUUGCCUUCAUGUUAUCUAGUCACCUAAUUAUCUGAACUCCCUACAGAGAAAGGCUUUCUGUACAGGUUUAUCUAAGCAUCUGCUAUUCAGUCUUUGGCUCCCUUCCGUGCAGCCUUUAGGGUCGUGCAAUUUACAACCACACAAAUGCCCCUCAGAAUAACAAAAAGGCGUUAGUCGGGGUAUUGCAGGUAGCCGAUAAAAGCGAACUCCCUAUUUAAGGGGUGUUUCUCUAUUGCGCCAUUGGUGAGCGCUAUACCUGUACAAGUCAGUGUUACCUUGUCGGCAUCACCUGUCGCUCCCAGCAAUGCGUCUUCUCCAUCGCCUCCUGGUUUGCACUCUGCGGGGACUAAGUUGGGCCUUGUUAGGCUUCAUCCGACUGCUGUCUGUGUUCUCCCGGGACCCCCCAUGCCCAGAUCCCCCACUAGACCCUCUGCUUUUCAUCCCGGCUACAAAACUGGCAGAUAAGAUCCGCCGCAGGGAGCUGCAGAGCAGUGCUGUGGUACAAGCCUUUAUUUCAAGAAUACGACAGGUCAAUCCAGCGCUCAAUGCAGUGGUGUGUGAGCGAUUUGAUCAAGCUCUACAAGAGGCAAGGAAUGUUGAUGAAUUGGUUUCAUCUGGAACUGAGAAUGAAGAAACCCUUAGGGAAAAAUAUCCCCUACUUGGGGUCCCUUUUACUGUUAAGGAAGCAUUUGCUCUACAGGGCAUGCCACAGAGUUCCGGGCUUCUGUCUCGACGGUUUGUGUGCUCUCAGUCUGACGCAGUGGUGGUAUCACGGAUAAAAAGUGCAGGAGGAAUCCCACUGGGAGUGACUAACUGCAGUGAAUUGUGCAUGUGGUAUGAAUCCAGUAACAAAGUAUAUGGCAAGACCAGGAACCCCUAUAACCCCCAGCAUAUAGUUGGUGGCAGCUCUGGGGGUGAAGGCUGUAUUCUCGCAACUGCUGGUUCAGUGAUUGGAGUGGGCUCAGAUAUUGGUGGCAGUAUACGAAUGCCAGCAUUCUUUAAUGGUAUAUAUGGACACAAGGCCACUGCAGAUAUUGUCCCUAAUGAUGGCCAAUUCCCUAUUGAUGAUGGUUGCCGCCGUGAAUUCCUUUGCACUGGUCCUAUGUGCAGAUAUGCAGGAGAUUUGAUUCCUCUUUUAAAAGUGAUGGCAGGAGAGUCAGCUGGCAGACUGCAUCUUGACAGAGAGGUCAAACUGAGCAGUCUAAGGUUCUUCUCUAUGGAGCAUGAUGGGGGCAGUCCAAUUGUGUCUGCAGUGGAUAAAGAGCUAGUCCAAGCUCAGAGACGGGUUGUUGAACACUUAGAGCGGGAGCUUGGGGUAACUGUCCAACAGGUGUCGAUAUACAACCUACGUUACUCUUUUCCGAUCUGGUCUGCAAUGAUGUCACAAGAUGGUGGAGAGGAACAGAGUUUUGCGGAUUUGAUGGGUGAUGGUAAAGGCUUUUGGCCUUUUUGGGAGCUUUUAAAAUGGAUGUUCGGUAUUUCCAAGCACACCCUGCCAGGAAUAGCUCUCGCUCUUACUGAGAAGAUGGCCCAUUGGAAUACACAAGGAAAUGAGAAUAUGAUAAAAAAAGCCAGGAGUUUGAGGCAGGAGAUUAGCACCAUGCUGGGGGAUGAUGGAAUCUUGAUUUAUCCUUCACAUCCCAAGAUUGCUCCAAGGCAUCAUGAGCCUAUUGCAAUGCCAUUCAAUUUUGCUUAUACUGGAAUUUUCAACGUUCUAGCUCUUCCUGUCACUCAGUGCCCGGUAGGUCUUAGUCGGGACGGAUUGCCCCUAGGAAUACAGCUUGUUGCAUCUCACUAUAAUGACCGUUUAACUCUUGCACUUGCUCAGUAUCUGGAAAAGACUAUGGUUGGCUGGAUACCACCUGGAAGCAACACGGGACCAAACUAAAAGAAUCUGCUGUAAGAAGCUUUAUCUCCCAAGAUUUUCAAUGUGAGAGCUAUCGGCAGUUAAAUGUGGACAUGGCUUUGAGGACAAACGUGGACACAAAAUAAUCUUGAAUGAAUGCUAAGUUCGAAUAAAUAAUACUGUUUGUGUAUUUUAAUUAAUACCCCACAAUCCCAAUUGUUUUUCUUUUUACAAUGGGAAAAAUAAUGUGGUCCAAACAGGUAGUGAACACUGCUCUAAUUUGCCCUUAAAAUGAUGUGGCAGUGCUGCUUAAUUAAGCUAAAUACUAAAGAGACUUUGAA